CCUAUCAAAAUGGCAGAAGUCAUGCAGAUGUUUCUAUUUCUAUACAAAUCUAAAUAUCGUCGAAAAAAUAUAUCAAGAUAUGAUAAUAAUAGUAAACUGGUGUCUGGUAUACCGUGUAUGUUUUUAUGGAUAGUUUUAUUGUGGGUCGCAGUGCUAUGGAGUACAGCGACAGCAUCAUCGUCUUCUUCUUCAUCCUCAUCGUCAUCAGAAUCGACAUGCGAUUCAAACAAUUGUGUCAACGGUAAUUGUGUCAAUGGUACCUGUGUAUGUCACGAUGGCUGGCAGGGAUCCGCAUGUCAGUACUGCAGUGGAAAAAUCAGACUGACAGCACCAUCAGGAAGCAUCCAUGAUGGAGCAGGGAAUUACACGACAGAUGUUAAGUGCUCGUGGUUGAUAGAGAGCAGCAAAAAUUCAUCAAUACGAAUGCAUAUUGAAGAAUUUGCAACAGAAUGUGGAUGGGAUCAUUUGUACAUAUAUGAUGGUGAUAGCGUUGAGGCACCGCUACUUGGCGUAUUUACCGGAUUGAUGCACAAGGAUGGCUACCACAUCCGGCGAGUUCCGGAAGUAAUAGCACGAUCUGGCAGCGUCUUCCUACAUUUUUACUCAGACGUAGCUUAUAAUAUGAGCGGAUUUAAUAUUACGUAUAAAACAAAUGCUUGUCCUAGCAGGUAUUCGUAUAUAGAUUGCUCUGGGCACGGUGUUUGUAUUGAAGGAGUUUGUACUUGUGACGCAACGUGGACUGGCGAGGCCUGUGAUUCCCCAGUUUGUCCUAAAAAUUGUUCUCAGCAUCAUAAUCAAGGUGAAUGUGACCGGGAAAGACAUCAAUGUAUUUGUAUGCCAGGAUUUAAAGGUUCAGACUGUAGCCAAAGAGUGGAACGUGGUUACUGGGAAACAAUAUCAUACAAUGACUUUUCACCUGAAGGCUCAGCAAGUCACUGCUCAGUGGUCUGGCGUGACUCAUUGUACGUCGUCGGUGGUGAAAGCUUUUAUAAAUCCAAGAUGAUAUACGUUUAUGAUUUAAAUGGUAAUGUUUGGGAGACACCACACAUUGAAGGUAUACGUCCAUUACCGAGAUACGCGCACUCAUGUGUGUUAUUUGGUGAUAAAAUUUAUAUGUAUGGUGGUGUCAUUGAAAACUCAACUGUAACAAAUGAACUCUGGGCGUUUGAUGUAUCCGCAAAGGUAUGGGAAAAUGUUAAAGUGAGGCAUAAUUGCAACAACAAAACAAUGUGCGGGCCAUUGAAAGUUGCUGGUCAUACUGCUAACCUUAUUCACAGUUAUGAUAAGAGCGAAAAAAUGGUCGUUAUAUUUGGUCACUCACCGCAGUACGGUUAUCUAAACAUUGUUCAAGAAUAUUACUUUGGUACACGGGAAUGGAAAAUAGUCGAGACAAUGGGAUUUCCUGUAAAAGGUGGAUAUGGGCAUAGCGCAGCUUACGAUCCCCUUACAAAUCUCAUUUAUGUUUACGGAGGAUAUGUUUCGGAAUCACAGAGCACACAAAGUUUGACCAAUCGAAUAUAUUCAUAUCAUCCAAAUUAUCGUGUGUGGCGUCUUCUUACAUCAGCACCAUCCGCACGUUUUUUUCAUACAGGUGUUUUUAUAAAUGGAGGAUUGAUGCUUGUAUUUGGUGGCAAUACUCACAAUGAUACGAUACACUCACACGGAGCUUUAUGUUAUUCUGCUGAUACAAUAGCUUAUGAUGUUACGUGCGACGCAUGGCAUCACUUCCCAAUGCCACCAGAAAUGUCUAAUCUACCGAGAUACGGACACACUGCUACUGUAUUUGAAAAAUCAAUGUACAUAUACGGCGGUUUUGAUGGUCAAAUGCUGUCAGAUAUGUUGAAAUAUACACCCGGAAGUUGUGUACACUUGGCGCCUCAGACACAGAGUUCGUGUCUUAUCUCAAGGACGGGUACUAAAUGUAUUUGGGAUAAACAGAGAAGUGAAUGCUUACAGAUAACCGAUGUAUCACGUGAUGUACUAAGGAAUGAUGACAUUCAUGAUGGCAGAUAUAUGCAGUGUAUUGAUGAUACUCAGCCACGGGGAAUGACAUCACAUAAAGAAUUGUGUAAAUUACUGACAGAUUGCACAGCAUGCGUACAGACUUCGUAUAAUUGCGUAUGGUGUGGAAAAAGUUGUGUUUACGAAAUGUGCAGACGUACUGCAAAUGCACCGCCGCUUGCGGGUAUAACGACUUUAGAGGAGUGUGACGCUCAUACUGGGGUCGAAUGUUUGCAGUUACACACGUGUCAUGCAUGCUCCAAUAAUCUUAAUUGUAUUUGGUCAUGGUCCAAUGGUCCAGAUCGUUGUAAACCAAUAACUAAAAUACGUGAUAUAAAUAUAAUGAAUGGAACAAUACAGGCACAGGCGCAACGUUUGUCGUUGGAUACUUGUAGAAGUCCUUGUGUUGAGUAUACUUCUUGUAGAAAUUGCACUGAAUCAGAUUGUAUUUGGUGUCAAAAUGAGCACAAGUGUGUCGAUAAAAAUGCUUACCCGGCAAGUUUUCCGUACGGUCAAUGUCGAGAAUGGACAACGAGUGACUCGAGAUGCAGAGCUACCGAGACAGGACGUGAGUGGUGUAGCUUUUAUUCAUCGUGUCUGAGUUGCCGGUCUGAUCCUGGCUGCGGAUGGUGCGAUGAUGGAUCGAAUACGGGCAAAGGCAAGUGCAUAGCUGGUGGCGCACGUGGUCCCAAAACGUCAAAUACUGAUGACACGUGUCCGUUUGACCGGUGGUUCUUUACCAAGUGCCCAACUUGCCAGUGCAAUGGUCACAGUACAUGCUAUCCAAAUACCACAGAGUGUAUUAAGCCCUGUGGGAAUUUAACUCGAGGAGCACAUUGUGAUAAAUGUAUGACUGGUUACUACGGAAGUCCGCUCAAUGGCGCAACUUGCCAGCCUUGUUCCUGUAACGACCAAGGCACUGAAUGCACCAGUGAAACUGGUAAAUGUUUUUGUACAACUAAAGGUAUUGUUGGUGAUCACUGCGAGCGAUGUGAUGUUUCUAGUCUCUAUAAUGGAGAUCCAACCAAGGGAUCAUGCUUUUAUGACCUGGUCAUAGACUAUCAAUUUACAUUUAAUUUGAGUAAAAAAGAAGACCGACAUUAUCGAGCAAUAAAUUUUAAAAAUUCGCCAUCAAAACCUGAUGUAGAUGCUGAGUUUUCCAUCACCUGUUCGGUACUUGCCAAGAUGAAUAUAACAAUAAAAAAGGGCAAUAGUCCAGAAAAACCAUUACUUCUCGGUGCCAAUUGUACAACAUACAAACAUCGUUUUAGUAAGGCUGAUUACAAUUUUGGAAAUGAAGAUAAUAAUACACAGACAACAUUUUACGUUUAUGUCUACGAUUUCCAACCACCAUUAUGGAUUCAAAUAUCAUUUUCCCAAUAUUCAAAACUAAACUUGCAGCAAUUUUUCAUCACAUUUUCUACAGAUUACAUGACACCGCACAGGUGCUUCCUUGCUUUGCUGUUGGUGGCUGCCGUUCUAUGGAAAAUAAAACAAAAAUACGACAUGUACCGGAGACGUCAACGGUUACUAGUAGAGAUGGAGCAGAUGGCCAGCCGGGCUUUCAGUCAAGUUCUUGUGGAAAUCGAAAGGCGAGAUGUGCUGUCAGAUACCGAACGUAAUGACUUGGAUGCAUGCAAUGGUCAAAAGAAAAAAAAAGAUGCACCCAGUCCGAUUGCUUUAGAACCGUGCAAUGGUAACAGAGCAGCAGUUUUGUCAUUGCUAGUCAGACUACCAACCGGUGGUGAGGCAUACACGCCAUCAGGCCAAAGUGCUGGAUUAGCAGUAGCAUCAGCUCUAGUCACAUUGGGUAGUCCACGAAGGCCUUCACAAGAAUUAUCAACAAAAGAGCCGAAAAAAACGCGUAAAUCUGCCAGUCAACAUCCCGAUUCAACUUGUAUUUAACAUUUAAUCCACAUUACACAGGUAAUACAUAAAUAUUUUUAAUUCACCAUCUGUGCAUUCACAUUCACAGGGAUCAUCUUUAAUAUUUUUUGUUAUUGUUCAUUGAAUUUACCAUUCAACCGGACACUCCUUUUUAAUAUUAUCAUUUUUUAUAUUUUUUAUUUCAUUAUUUUAUUAUUCAAAUAGAUAUUAUUAUUACGACUAAAGAGCUUCCGAGCUUGUUCAAUCGAUGACAAUUCAUUUUUAUUUUAUUAUAAUUUUUUUUUUUUAUUAUUUUUUACUCUCCGACUGCCUUAAUGUCUUCUCUGCCGUUAUUAUUUUUAAUUAACGUAAUUUUAAUUAAAUUAAGAAAUUUCGUUUGUAGAUUAUUUCCUACACUUCCAUCUUUAUGUUAACUUAUACAUAAAUUUAUAAUUAUUAUUUUUUAUCUUAAAUAUUAAGAUAUAUUUAUAAUUGGCAAAACAUUUACUAUUGUUUUUGUAUCGUUUUAAAAAUGAAAUUAUACCAGUGUCAAAGAUCAAAUUGUAUAGUAUCUCUAAUAAUGACACUAGUGUUUUAGUUAUUAAUAAAUUAAAUUGUUAAUGAUAAUCAAAAAUGAACAAACACGAAUAAAAGAUCAAGCCAAGUGUACAGUAGAAAAUUAAAUUGUUAAAUAAUCUAAUGUUUUAUAAAACAUUUAUGUACUUGGUUUUAUUUUAUUAUAUUUUUUAAAUUUAAUUUAAACAAUUUAACUUUAAGAUAAUGCCCGUAAUCAACCAAUCUUAUUGUUUUUUUUUCUUUUUUAUAAAUAAAUAUAUAUAUAUAUAUAUAUAAAUAUAAAUAAAUAUAUAGUAUGAAUGAUAGGAGCAGAUGCAAGGAGCGUGUGAAAGUAAAUUUAAACGAGUGAGUGUAGCAGAUCAGACAAAUUUAAAAUUAUAAAUAAUAAAAAAAAAAUGUUCAUAAAAAAUUCACUUAUUAAUUUCAAAAUUUUUUAACUGCGCGUUUUUUUUAUUAAUCAUUUACUCUAUUUAUUAAUAAUUUUAAAUUUAUCUGAUGCCUGCUACAUUCACACUCGAAAAUUUAAAUAUCUAAAUGUUUAAUGUCCAAUUCGUAAAUUUAUAUAAAUAUAAAUAAUUAAUGAAUUUUUUAGUUGUCGUAAUGUAUAUCAAUGAAUGAUUGUCAUUAUUAUUAAUACUUAUAAAUAGAAAUAUAUAUGAAAAAAAUAAUGUUUAGAAUAAGUAUGACGCAUUUUAUUAAGACAUUUAAAAAUUACUUGUACUUUUUAUAACGCGCUCUGUAUAUAUUAAUAAUAUAUAUAUUAUAAACAUAUUAAUCAAGUUACGUAGUGUAUUAAUGAUAAAAAGUUUUGUUUUUUUUAUUCAUAGUAUUCAAAAUCGCCAUAUUUUUUUUGGAGUUCAAUCAUUUUUUUUCUUACGUAUCUUUUUUUUAUAAAUAUAUUUAUUUUAUAUUUACUGUUUAAGAUUUUUUUUUACUAAAGAAAAUAAUAUAGGCCGGAUAUAAUAUAAGUAUAUAUUACAUGGAGAUUAAAUAAAGUAAUAAUGUAAAAUUAAUUAGUACACAAAACAUCGAAUCGCGUCCAAUUGGAAUGAAAAAAAAAAUUUAAUCUUAUUAAAUAUAAAUCGGAAUUAAAUUUACAAAUAUAUAAUUUUAUUUCAGUAAUAAUAAUUAAUUUUCUCUGUAUACAAUUUAAUUACUCUUGCCCAAUAUUUAACAAUAUUAAUAAUAAUGAAUUAUAUCGUAUUUUUUUUUUUUUUAAUGAUAAUUUUAUUACACGUAUGUUUAAAGCGUUUGAAAGGUUUUUGACUUAAUGAGUUGAAUUACCAUUGAUCUACAUUGACGUCAUUAUAUUGUUUACGCUAAAAAUAUAUCGUUAACGGUAUAUUUAAAUAAAAAAAAAUGGUAAUUUAAUUCAAUGAAUACUGAAUAUAUUAUUAUAAUUAUAAAAUAUUUUUUAUUAACACAAUUAUUGUUUUUAUUUUUAUUUUGUUUGUAUUCAAGCAAAGUUCUAGUCUAUAAUGAUGAACAAGAUAAAUAAAGUGUAAUAUCGAGAGUAUGAUAGUAAUUAAUUUGCGUUAUAGUCCAGUCAAAGUGCAAAGAUUUGCAUAGAAGUGAAAAUUCGUACGAAUGUUCGGAACACUAUUAUAAAUAAAAUGUAAAAAUUCCCAUCGACCCCACACGCAAAAAAAUUUAUUCAAGGUCAAAGCCGCAAAUGUCGGUUUUUUCCGUUUUUUUAGCCAAACGGUAAGUUUUAUGAUAAAAAUAGAUCAGACAAAAAUUGAAGAUUAUGCAAUUAUCUAUGAAAAUUAUCUCUACAAUUUUUCUCCUAAACGUCACCGUUUCUGAGAUAUUAUGGUUGAAAAAGUUGUGUUCUUUAUAAUAUGCAUAAGUACAUUGGGUACAUCUAUCACUGGAGCUGGGAUUCAAGUAAAAAUCUUUUUUUCUCGGUUCGUAUAAAAUUACCUGCUUACAAUACCUCCCAGGUGACGUGGAAACGUCUGCAUAUUAUGAGGAAUACGACUUUUUCAACCAUUAUAUCUCAGAAACGGUGACGUUUGGAAGGAAAACUGAGGAGAAAAUUAUUAUAGAAUUAAUAAUCUUCAAUUUUUGUCUGAUCUAUUUUUAUCAUAAAACUUACCGUUCGGCUAAAAAACCCAUAUUUGCACAGUAACAACGGAUUCAUCAAAAUUACCACAUAUCGUGUGUAAAACGAACGUAUGAAACUUUUUAAGAAUUCUUUUGUGAUGGUCGAGAUUAUUUUUAAGAUAUUUUGUGUGUUAAUUUGACAGUAACAUAUAAAAAGUGUUACUUUCGAAUAAAAUUACAUUUUUGUGUGUUAAAAAAUCAAUCGAUUACGACAGUUCAAACAAGAUAAAUACUGUGUGUUAAAUUGACACACAAAAGUAGUAAAAAAUCAACACUCGGAAUUUUAACACACGCUUUUUUUUACACUUAGAUGAUUAGUUUUUUACUGUGAUGCGAAUCUUGAUCUUGAAUAAUUUUUUUUCAAGAGUGGAAUCGAUGGAGACUUUUUACAUUUCAUUUAUAAUAGAAAUAUUGUUCCGAACAUUCGUACCAAUUUUCAGCUCUAUGCGAAUUUUUUUUAACCUACCCCUAUUUUUUGGGAUAACUUGACCGGACUGUUAAUAUUAUAAAUAAAAAACGGACAAUUUUAUUAUUGAGAAUAAUUAUAAAUAAUGAUUUUCAAAAGGAGGCGUUUAAAUUUGAGAAAAUGUAAGAAUGUGAUUAAUGAUUAGGGUAGAGGUACCGUUUUUGGCAACUUAAGAACCAGUUUUGGACACCUAAGAAAUUUGAAUAAAAAAUUUUAAAAAUACGCCAUAACAUAAUUAAUUUUCAAAAUUUCUUUAGAGAUACUUUUAUCCCACUAUUAAAAUGUAAAUUUUAUUUUAUACAUUUUCGUAAAUUUAAAUAAAGUGUAAAAUGUCCAAAAAUGGAGCAGUGGCCACAAAUGGUACCUCUAUUCUAUAUAUAAAUAAAAUCUAGAUAAAUUGAUAAAUAAAAUAAUAAUUAUUAAAUUGUAAUCAAAUGACAAAUGUGGAAUGCAGCUCAAAUGAUUCAAAGACUGGCAGAUUACACGUUUUAAAUAAUUAUAAUAUUAAUAAUUAAUAAAUAUAAUAACUAUUAUUAUUAUUAUUUUUUUUUUUGUUAUUAAUAAUAAUUAUACAAUCGGCGAUUAAUAAAAAAUAUAACAUUUAUAUUAAACUCAGCCAUAUUUUUGUCCGACAAAUUAUCGCAUGAAUGUUUCUAAAACGUGUGGGUGUUGGAAUGAAAAUUAAUUAUUAAAAAAAAGCAGAUUGUUCUAAUUAAAAAAAAAAAUGGUAUAUAUGUAUAUAAAUUAGUAUAAAAAAAAAUUUUCAUUGUUUUCUUUUUUUUUUACAAUUAAAAAAUUAAUUUAAAAAAUUAACCAUUACCGCUCUCUUUAUAAAUUUCAAACUAAAAAUUUUUAAUUAAUUUUUUAUAAUGAAAGCAGACAACUGACAAUUUUUUUUUAUUUUUAAAUAAAAAAAUUUUAAAUGUACGUCAAAAAAAAUGAUACUAAAGUUAG